CCACCACCUUCGAGACUUUGCACCAUGCUCGUCGAUCCACUGUUUUCUGAGAGUCAAGGCCAUUUUCUCGCUUUCUGUUUCACAGUUAUAUAUGUCGGCUCUCUGUACUUGUCUAAGAAUGCGCGUCUUUCCUUCGUCGCUUGGUCGACCAAGGUGCAUGAGGGAACUACGCGUCAGAGACAGCUGAAUGAGCGUUGGCGAGACGAUGCCGACGUUAUCCGAGCACGACUGCUUGCGGUGUCGCUGGCGACGAUAGCAUCGUGUUUCUGGAUUUUCCAAUUGCUCUGGCCGUUAUAUGGAUUCUACCCUGGAGUUCACGUCACUUUCUUUAGACUUGGGUUUAUAUUCUCUCAUCCCAUGAAAGCGCAUCUCGUUACACCGUUGCUUUUCAUUGGUCCUUUUUAUUCUCGCUACCUAUAUCAAAUCCUUCCAUUCCAACGGUACUGGAAUACAGAGUCGACGAUUAAGAAGGUCGUUUCUCUCCCCGGCCUCCGUAACUAUCUGGUGGCUCCAUAUACGGAGGAGGUUGUUUUCCGGGCUUGCAUUCUAUCCAUAUAUCAUCUUUCAGGUAUAUCUCGCCUGCACAUGAUUGUUCUGGCGCCACUAUGGUUUAGUUUGGCACAUUUUCACCACGCUUGGGAUCUUUACAAUCGCUGUGGCCGCACAUGGGUCGCUGCAAAGCAUGCUGCCACGGCUAUCUCAUUCCAGUUAUUCUACACCAGCUUCUUCGGGUCCCAUUGCGCGUAUCUCUUCCUCCGUACCGGAUCCAUUUUUCCGUCCAUCACCUCUCACAUUUUUUGUAAUUUCAUGGGUGUACCUCAUCUCCCACUAGAAGUGGUCGUCUUUCCGGAACGAAAAAAAGCCAUCUUCGGUGCGUAUGCAUUGGGCGUGUUGGCGUAUUUAUUUGCUAUGAUCCAGUGGACGCAUUCGUCCGACAGCCUGUAUUGGAGGCCACCCAGGAGUCUGCUCUGAUCCCCCAUGUAACCCUUACACGGUUCCCAUGUAUUAAGUAUUAGCUGGAAUGCAAUUGU